AUGGCUAGUAGUAGUGGGAAACCAGUAUUUUGCAUCUUUCAUGUUAGAGGGCACUUUGUAAAGACCUCAGAAGGGAAAUUCAUUUAUGAAGGGGGCAUCAUUACUGGAAGAUUGAUUAGAGAAGGGAUGACAUAUGAAGAACUACAAUGCAUGGUAGCUCAUGAUGUGUGGCCAGGGACUUGUGAAUAUAAAAUGAAGUACACAGUUAGCUUUGACCGGGACACAUUCUUGGAUCUUGUUGAUGAUAUUGGUGUUGGACAAGUAAUUGAGUACAACAAUAGUAGUGGCCAUGUUUAUGUUUGUGAGAAUGAGAAAGACUUCACACAAGUGUCACAUCUGGACAGUGUACAAGAGUUAGAUGAUUUGGUAGGCCCUUGUGGAAUGUCAGUAUCUCCAAUUGAAUUGGAUUUAGACACAGACAACAUAAACAUAUCUCCCGUACAAGAUGUGCCAACACUGAUAGAAAGUGUAGGUAUAGAAAUGUUGCCAACCCUAAUAGCGGUGAUGAAUUCGUCAAAGUGGGCAGAUUUGUUGAUGUCAAGAGGGCAAACCUUUGUUAGUGCUAAACAUUUUAGAGAGGCAUUAUAUAAGUAUAGCCUUGCACAUAAGUUUGGUUACCGGUAUGUAAAGAAUGAUAGGCAUAAGAUGAUUGUGAAGUGCUGUGUAGAUGGUUGUCCCUGGGAAAUUUCAGCAUAUGGUGUUGGUGAGAAGAAUGGAUUCCUAGUUUUGAGAAGAUUUAACUGUGAACACUUGUAUUAUGCACAAGACAACUUAGUUGCCCCUCAAAGAAAGAGGUGUAAACUUGCUUUAGUAGUCACAAAAGAUGAGUUGAUUUCUUGCAUGCAUAAAGCUCCAAAUGACAUUAGACGGGAUUUGGAACGAGAGCUAAAGGAAAGUGAUCCAGAAACGGUAGCAAAGUGGGUUGCAUCAUCAAGUAAUAGAUUUCAAGUUGUAUUUAUUGCAUACAGUUGCUGUGUAGAAGGGUUUUUGAAAGGUGGUAGACCUAUAUUAUAUGUGGAUGGAUGCUACUUGAGUGGUCUAUACAAAGGAACGUUAUUGGGAGCACAAGCGUAUGACGCGGAUAAUGAAUUAUUCCCACUUGCAUAUGCGAUUGUUGGAGGUGAGACGCUUGAUGACUGGGCAUGGUUUCUUGGUAACAUAAAGGAUAUUACGGGAUCAUUAGAAGUGACAAUAGUAUUGGAUAGACACAACUCAAUAAAAGGUGCAGUGCAAGCCAUGGUUGGAGGAGAUCGACAUGCUUUUUGCUACCGUCAUGUGAAGGAGAAUUACAGUGCUGAGUUUUUAAAGAUAACCAGGGCAAAGAGGAGGACCAACGGACAGACAAAGGAAGUUGCACUAAAAUUACUUGAUUCUAUUGCAUACGCAAGACUUGAUAGAGACUUUGAUUGCAGUAUGGAAAAGCUAAUGGCAUUUUGUCCAGAAUUAGGACAAUGGCUUCAAACAAAUGGAGACAUUAAGCGUUGGGCACAAAGCAAAUUUUCUUAUAAGAGGUGGGACAAUAUCACAACAAAUCUAGCUGAAUCCUUUAAUGCUUGGCUUGUUGGUGAGAGGAAGCACAACAUAGCUGUCUUGAUACAUGAGCACAGGGAAAAAUUGGCAAACAAGAUGUACCACAAUAAAGAAGCCAUGAGGAAUUGGACCAGUGGUGUGGGACCUAAUAUAAAGGAAAAGUUGAUGGAUCAUGUGGCCAGAUCAGAAAGAAUGGAUGUGCAAGAUUAUGGAAUAAACAAUUUCAAGGUUAGAUGGGGAAACCUAGAUGUGCGGGUAAAUCUUGUGUUACGUGAAUGCACCUGCAAAGGUUGGCAAAUGUCAGGACUACCUUGCCCACAUGCAUGUGCUGCAAUCAAGAAGGUAUAUGGUAAUAUAUAUGCAUAUGUUGAGGAUUACUUUUUACUCUCAACCCAAAAGAAAAUUUAUGGCAGACUCAUGAUUCCAGUUGAGACCCAUGACAUCUCUAGGCCAGAUUCCCCUCGAUAUGAAGAUUACUCGUCCACCAUCUUCCUACAACCACCGUUAACAACUCUUCGUACUGGAAGACCCAAAGUUAGGAGAAUUGAAUCACAAUUCCAGCAGAAGAAACUGUAUCAUUGCUCAGGAUGUGGUGAAGCUGGUCACACUAGAAAGAUUUGCAGUAACCUAAACCCUGGGUGA